UCGUGGCCAACGUCGCCAUCGUUGGAGGUGAUGGCUCAGCCAGCACGGCGCGGUCAUCCGGAAAAAGAAAAAGCUCCAGGGCCGGCGAGCGCCAGCGCGCAUCCCAGACCAGCCAGGGUGGGCUCCACCGCGGCGCUCCGGGCCCGGGUGCCUUGGCAACAGCCAGGUAAAGGGAAGAAAGGGAAAAGCCACAGAAAGUCUCAUGGGAAGAAGCAGAAGAAGCCCGAGGUGGACAUCCUCAGCCCCGCGGCCAUGCUGAACCUCUACUACAUUGCCCACAACGUGACCGACUGCCUACAGCUGCGAGGCUUCCGCUGGCCAGGGGCUCCCAAAGGGAAAAAAGGGAAGAACAAGACUUAAGUGAUAGAGUUCUCAGCGCUCAGAGAACAACUUGGGGAAGAGAAAUCAAAUAAUGCGACCCUACAGGCAAAAUAGACUUUACUGAAGACACCUUGAAAUGCAAGCUCAGGGUGCUUUCUAUGGUAAAUAAUGGUGAAGAAAUGCCUUUUACUUCCUCAGUUAAGCUAGGCAUGAUUAGCCACUUUGGAUUUUCAGAAGUUAAGGGGAAAAACUUGAACAAUUCUUACACCAUGUGAUGGGAUUGAUAGUCCUUUAAAAAUUUAUUAUCAUAAUUCUGGGCCAGAAAUUAAACCUUGCUCUCAAAAGGCA